UCCGCUCUUCUUGGUAAAUAUUUUAUCAAGUCCUCACUUCCCCAUACAUCCUUCCAACACUCUCCCUUACGACUUAUUGGCCAGAAGUUCGCUAGGCUGCAGUUCCAUACCCAAACUAUAGACUACUUUUCUGAGAGAGCAAGCAUGGCUCCGCAACUUGACGGUUACUUUAAGCAGGUAGAUUUGAUGGCGGACUCGUUCAUCAAUCGCCUUCGUUCCGCCGUUGCUAUCCCGUCGGUAUCGGCUGAUCCGGGCUUGCGUCCCAAGGUUGUCGCAAUGGCUGAUUUUCUCGAAAAGGAGCUCAGGGCUCUGGGUGCUUCAGUUGAGAGACGUCUGCCCGGGAAGCAGCCCGGCCAUCCUGACCUCGACCUUCCUCCUAUUCUUUUGGGUAGAUACGGUAAUGACGCCAAGAAGCGCACCAUCUUAGUCUACGGGCACUACGAUGUCCAGCCUGCUUUGAAGGAAGAUGGAUGGGCUACUGAGCCUUUUGACUUGACCGUAGAUGAGCAAGGCAGGAUGUACGGAAGAGGUAGCACCGAUGAUAAGGGUCCUGUCCUCGGUUGGAUCAAUUCCAUCGAGGCCCAUCAGAAAGCUGGCGUUGAUUUCCCCGUAAACCUUUUGAUGUGCUUUGAAGGAAUGGAAGAAUACGGUUCCGAAGGUCUCGACGACGUAAUUAAAGAGGAGGCGAGUAAAUUCUUCAAGGACGCAGAGGCUGUGUGCAUUUCCGACAACUAUUGGCUUGGAACCAAGAAACCAUGUUUGACAUACGGUCUUCGAGGAUGCUCGUACUACUCGCUUGCUGUUUCGGGACCUGGUCAAGAUCUGCACUCCGGUGUCUUUGGCGGGACGGUUACUGAGCCCAUGACAGACCUUGUUAGGUUGCUCGCAACUCUCGUUGGUAAUAAGGGAAAAAUCCACAUUCCCGGCUUGAACGAACUCGUUGCUCCUUUGACCGACGAGGAGAAGGAGCUAUACAAGGAUAUCAGUUUUGAGAUGUCAGAUCUGUAUCAGAGUCUUGGUAGCGAAACGAGCAUCUACCUGAAUAAGGAGGAUACCCUGAUGGCCAGAUGGCGUUUCCCAGCCCUUUCCAUCCAUGGUAUUGAAGGAGCAUACUCGGCACCUGGAGCAAAGACCGUCAUCCCCGCCAAGGUUAUCGGAAAGUUCUCCAUCCGUACAGUUCCUAACAUGGAGCCCGAUAAGGUAGAUGAGCUAGUCUUUAAGUUUGUAGAUGCCGAAUGGAAGAAGCUUGGCUCCAAUAACACCAUGAAGUGCGAGCUUCAGCAUUCUGGCAAUUGGUGGGUUGCGAGCCCAAAGCACUGGAACUUCUCUGCUGCUGGUAAAGCCGUUGAGAAGGUUUUCGGUGUCAAGCCAGACUUUACGCGCGAGGGUGGUAGUAUCCCUGUGACAUUGACCUUUGAGCAAGCUACUGGGAAGAACGUCCUGCUGCUUCCCAUGGGCAGCAGCACUGACGCCGCCCAUUCUAUCAACGAAAAACUUGACAAGAGGAAUUACAUCGAGGGAACCAAACUUCUGGGGGCAUAUCUUCAUUACGUCGCGGAGGAGGAACAGGUCUAGCUGAGCCCCUGGAAAUCUCCCUUUUUCAUGGCUUCCUAUUUCUUAAAAAAAUUAUACCAAUAACCUACAACUUGCUGAGCGCGAGUCAAGGUAGUGUUAGCAUCAAAGCACGGUCGCAGUCGCCCGUCAAUA